UGCUGAUGCUCAGAGGACACGGAGAGAUCCGAGCAUCACCGGGAACCGACUGAAUUAUCGUGCCAAAUAUCUUUGGGCUUCGGUAGGAUGCGUCAGGACGGAUCCAUGCAGAUGGCUGCGACACAGAAAGAAGGAUCUGACCAGAACUUCGAUUACAUGUUCAAACUGCUGAUCAUCGGCAACAGCAGUGUAGGAAAGACGUCGUUUCUCUUCCGGUACGCUGACGACUCCUUCACGUCAGCGUUUGUGAGCACGGUGGGCAUCGAUUUCAAAGUCAAAACUGUCUACAAGAACGACAAGAGAAUCAAACUGCAGAUAUGGGAUACUGCGGGGCAGGAGAGAUACCGCACCAUCACCACGGCGUACUAUCGUGGAGCCAUGGGCUUCAUCCUCAUGUACGACAUCACUAACGAGGAGUCGUUUGGAGCGGUGCAGGACUGGUCAACCCAGAUAAAGACAUACUCCUGGGACAACGCGCAGGUCGUCCUGGCGGGAAAUAAGUGUGACAUGGAAGAGGAGAGAGUCGUGUCUUCAGAUAGUGGCAGACUGCUGGCAGAGCAGCUGGGUUUUGAAUUUUUUGAAACGAGUGCCAAGGACAACAUCAACGUGAAGCAGACCUUUGAGCGUCUGGUGGAUAUAAUCUGCGACAAGAUGUCAGAGAGUUUAGAGACUGACCCCACCGUGACCACAGGCACCCAGGGAACGGCCCGGUUAACGGAUAACCCUCCUCCACUACAGCAGCCCAACUGUGCCUGUUAGUGCUCAGUUUACAUAGUAACAUAAGUGUGUGUGUGUGUGUAACACCUUUAGAUAGAUGCAUAUAUCCUUUAAUGUCAUAGAAUACAGGUGCUGGAACAACUUGAAUCUGAUCAGUGCAUGUCAGGAUUCAUGUGACCCUUUACACCCAAUGGAAACAAAGCUGUCACAUAGAUGCAGUCUUGAGCAACAGCAAGCAGUUUUUCAGUGUUUUAAAAAGCAGUAUGGAUAAACAUAGCUUGAAAAAUAUGAAUAUGUUGCAUUUCUUUGGUCAUCAGUUUUUGGUAUAUUUGGCCUGUGAGUCUGUUGCACCACUAGGAGGCGUUCAAACAGGACAAGUUCUCGUAUUCCAAAACAUAAAGCCACAAUGCAGGGGUCUUGAGGCGCUUUUUAAAAUGAUAAGAUGCAGCAGCAAAAGACAUCUGUCUGAUGCAUGUGAAAACAGACCAAACGAACCCAGGACGCAAGAAUGUGUUGUGUACGAAUGCUACUUUUGCCUGUUUUGCUCCAGCAGCUUUGCACUAGAGUCACAUCUGUCUAUACGGUGCCUAGUUCAUUCUGACACUCUGUUUUCUUUACUGUCAAUCAAAGUCCUAACGGCCU